AUGGCGACUCUUCACGAGUUCAGCCAUGUACACGUUCAACCGGAAAUACUGGACAAGUAUGAAGUGAACACUGUAUCGUGUGGCAUCGAGAUCUACCCACAUAACCCGGUUGCCGAGCCAAGAUAUUGCUGCUUCCGUGUGAUAAAUGUUUUCUACCUUCUUACUGCGAUCGCAUCCAUCCUCUACAUUCCAAUCAUUGACUUCAAAGAAUUGAACACCAUCAUUUUCUUCCUUGUUUUCCAUUCUGUCCAAAUGAUGUCUUUCUACGCUAUUUUUCACAAAUCGAUCAGACUUGUCCGAACAAUGCUGGUUGCCGAGUGUAUGAUCUGGGGCUUCAGUUACAAUUACAUCGCCUAUCAUAUUGUAUCCUCUUACCCAUUGAUGGAUAAGAUCCCCGCUCAGACUUGGUAUCUCUACUAUCUAGCAAGUGUCUCAAUGCUCAGAAUUUUUACUAUGUUCCCCAUCUCCAAGUACCUACAACAAAUCAGUGAAGAGAUAUAUUUGACUGAAAUAAUUCAUCACAAUUAG